AUGAAAGUUCUAAAAGUAUUAUAUUUUUUUAGUUACUUACUAAUUGUCGACUUAUUUAUCCCAUGCUUAACAUCUGAAUCUAAUCUACAUAAUCAUACUUCCUCUCUUUUAGUAAAUGAUAAAGAUCUAGUAAGAGUUCAUGCAAAUAGCGCAAGUUUUGUUAUUCCCACUAAUUUAAUUGAUUUAGUAUAUGAUACUUUGGAAGAUGCUAAAAUAAGAUUUAAAAGACUUUCUUAUAAUCAGAAAAAAGAAAUGUUAAAGGGAUUAAAUGGUACAUUAUCUAUAGUCCAUGCAUUUCUAAAAAAGAGAAAGGAAGAACCUACAAAAUGUACCAUAAGACUUAUAGCGAAGUUUAUUAUGAAUGAAUUUCGUCGUAUUAAUGAUAGAACACUCGAGAGUCAAAAGAAAGAGAAAAGAUCUUUUCGUGAGCAUAUGAAUUAUUGGAUGAAAAUUAGAUAUGAUUAUAAUAGUUUGAAUAAAGAGAUGUAUAAUCAAUUGUUUAAUGAUAAGGAAACUAUAAGUAAGGAUGCUAAAUGGAAAAAUUUAGUGUGGGACAAAUGGAUUUAUUCAUUCAAUAAAUAUUUCAGAAAAGAAGAUAAAAGGUGCCGCUUAGAUUUCAUAUGCAUGAUGCAGUAUGGAUAUGAUUAUGAUACAAUUAGGAAACAUUAUUCCAAAAUAAGAGUUCUUUGGGAAAAGGACAUGUUACAUAUGUGGUCCGAAUGGAAUAUUUUUUUGAAUAAUUCUUUGAAAGAAUUAGAAAAAGAAGAAGAGAAGGAUGAUCUUAAUAAAGAGAUAAGAUACACGCAAAAUUAA